UUCAUUUAGUUUUUUAAUUUCCUUUUCAUCGAAUUAACUAGUUCAGUUUCCGUCUCUCGUCUCCUUGCCAUGGAAAUCUAAAUACCUUGAUCGACCGCCAUAUCUUCCCAAAUCCCAAUUUCCCCUUUCUCUGCUAGAUCUCUCGCUGGCUCUGUUUGUGACUCUGUACAUGCACAUUGGAGUGGGAUAAUCGCAUGCUCACAUAGCUUUUUAUGCGCGCCAUAUAAUGCUUAUAAGAAUUCAGUAGGGAGGGAGAAUUCAAUUAUGGAAUGGAAACGGUGGCAGUGGUACCUUUUGACGUGAAAUAUUAUUGGCGGUCUCUGGAUGUUGAGGAGUUAGAGCUAUGGUGGACUCAGACAAGGGAAUGUCUUCUGAUAACAUAAAGGGGCUGGUGUUAGCUUUGUCUUCCAGCUUCUUUAUUGGAGCAAGCUUUAUUGUAAAGAAAAAGGGUUUGAAAAAAGCUGCUGCUUCUGGUCUCAGGGCAGGUGCUGGAGGUUAUUCUUACCUGUAUGAGCCACUUUGGUGGAUUGGCAUGAUUACAAUGGUUGUUGGGGAAAUUGCUAACUUUGCAGCUUAUGCAUUUGCUCCAGCUAUUCUGGUCACUCCUCUUGGUGCCCUUAGCAUUAUUAUCAGUGCUGCCCUAGCACAUGUUAUUUUACGGGAGAAAUUGCAUAUUUUUGGGAUUCUUGGUUGUGCUUUAUGCGUUGUGGGUUCAACAACAAUUGUGUUGCAUGCUCCUCAAGAGCGAGAGAUUGAGUCUGUCAAGGAAGUGUGGGAACUUGCAACAGAGCCAGCCUUUCUUUUCUAUGCUACUUUUGUCAUUGGAGCAGUUUUCAUCAUCAUUGUUCGUGUUAUACCCCAAUAUGGGCAGACUCAUGUUAUGGUCUAUAUAGCAGUUUGUUCACUUGUGGGUUCACUAUCGGUCAUGGGUGUCAAAGCUAUUGGAAUUGCUCUGAAGCUAACUUUCUCAGGGAUGAAUCAGUUAGUAUACCCCCAAACGUGGGCCUUUACCUUGGUUGUGGUUACCUGUGUGAUCACUCAGAUGAACUAUUUAAACAAGGCUCUUGAUACGUUCAACACAGCUGUUGUAUCGCCUAUAUACUAUGUGAUGUUUACAUCCUUGACCAUUUUGGCCAGUGUAAUCAUGUUUAAGGAUUGGGAUCGACAGAAUCCAACUCAAAUUGUUACUGAAAUGUGUGGAUUUGUGACUAUCCUUUCUGGAACUUUUCUUCUUCAUAAAACAAAGGACAUGGUUGAGGGUUUAUCACCAUCUCAAUCAUUGCGUCUUCCCAAGCACACAGAAGAUGAUGUGUUUGAAACUGAAGGGAUGCCUCUUCGACGUCUAGAAUCCCUGCGACAGGCAUAGCUGUAUCCAGUGAUUCAUCGGUAUACUUUCAUUCAAGAUCUUGCAUGUAUUUUGGGGGAUUGCGGGACUCACACCAUUGGCCUGUAUAUUACCAACACGUUUAACUGGUCCUUGCUUUGUUUGAGAGGAUAAUGAGCAAAGUCGGCUGGAAUUCUUCUCAGAUAGAAAAUGAAAUGAGCAUUUUCAGCUGCUUCCUUGUAUACAGGUUUAACUCCGCUAAGGACCCCACCCUGGGGAAUUGUAAUUUGGAGCACAUGGUUUUAACAUGGUAUAUCUUAGUUUCAUAUUAACAAAGAAAUGCAGAUAUUUUCCCCCUGGAUACCAAGGCAUUGUAGAAGAGAGGGGUUGUGUGUUAUAAUGCUUUUCAGGUAAAACUAAGAUCUGUUGCCUUCAAUUUAGUUCCAAAGCACCGGUGUCACUGUCCACAUUUGGAAUUCUUCUCUUCAGAAAAAUUUUUAAACGCUUUUGGA